GCGGAAGACGGCGGCGAGGAUCCAGAGGGUUCGUUUGUCCAGCGUCUCGAGAAGCGUCAACGGCUCGAGGCUCGAAAGCUCCGCUACGACCUCAUCUCCAGCAUCCCGCCGACCUCGAACAAGGUCGAGCGGUUUUUCAGCGUGGCGCGUACCAGGUUUGCUCAAGAACGCAACAGUCUCCAGCCCGCUACGCUGGAAACAACUUUGUUUCUGCGCAAGAAUGCUGACUUCUGGGACGUUUCGAGAGUCGAUCGCGUCAAUUAG